UGACGGCGACCUAAACCUUAUGAAUGUUGACUUAUCAUCGGACAUUAUAUGGAGGUAUGAAGACAUUAAGCCACAUAUGCAAGGUUCCUUCAUACAAGUCUGAUUCUCGGACACCAGCCAUUUAAAAAGCACACACACCGAAGGAGGCUUCGAAUGGAUUGUUUAAUGCCGUUUCCAUGGAAACAGAAUCUGCGCGCCGCGUAAUUCGAACGUCAUUUUGAUUGACGGAUGAAACACCGCCCAGGAGACGCGAAGACUCAAGUAUUCCCACAGAUGUCGGCAUCGAAACGGCAACAACAAAGUUGAGAGUGAGAAGACGUAGUUCAUGGGCAACAGCAGCACCUGAAGACGCUUCUCCGCUUAAAACCUCGUCAUGGAUGUGCUGAAAUCAGCCAGAAGGGCUUUUAUUCGGAGUCCCAGCCUGACCAAACAGUCCUGGAGCUCAGGCAAACACCAAAAGCUCCCUGAGAAUUGGACUGACACAAGAGAGACUCUUCUCGAGGGAAUGACCUUUAACCUCCGGCAUCUGGGGAUGACUCUGGUGGACCAACCCAAAGGCGAGGAGAUCUCAGCUGCUGCUGUUAAGAGGAUCGUGGCCACAGCCAAAGCCAGCGGGAAGAAACUGCCUAAAGUGGCCCUGAAAGUGUCUCCUCAGGGAAUCAUCUUGUGCGACAGUGUGUCUAACCAGCUGAUCGAGAACAUUUCCAUAUACAGGAUAUCAUACUGCACAGCUGACAAGAUGCAUGACAAAGUAUUUGCUUUCAUCUCCCAGAACCAACAGAAUGAGACGCUCGAGUGCCACGCAUUCCUCUGUGCCAAACGGAAAAUGGCCCAGGCGGUCUCGCUCACGGUGGCUCAGGCCUUCAGAGUGGCCUUCGAGUUUUGGGAGGUUGCCAAAGAAGAGAGAGAGCAUCGUGUGAAAUGGGAUUCAGCUGGAGAGACGUCCAACAGUUCACAGUCAGAGAGAUCGGUCAGCCUGACCAGCCUGAAAGGAGGAGCUGCAGCUACAGAGAACCUGUUGGACAUCAGUGAAUACUCAUCAGCUGUGGAAAUUGUGGACAACUCCACUGAACCCAACAACAACACCACCACCACCCUAUGGGAGAUGGAUGAUGGUCUGGAAGAGGCAUUUUCAAGUGAGGGAUAGGGAGGACAAAUCCUUGAAGUGAGCUGCAUGUAAAAGCAUGCUGAUAACCUCUCGCACAUCAAAACAAUCUCCAACUGCAAUCUUCUUCUUGAAGAUUGCUGGAACCAUUUGAAAUGUUUCUUUUAGUUUGCUCCACAUAACUUCUUGGCCUUUGAUUAAUCAUCCAGAGCAAUUGAGCAAAAGGAUUUUUCCCAUACUGAGAUCUCAUGAGACACAUUUUAUUUGUUUAUUCUCCACGGAACCAAGCUAAAGGUUUACUUGUCAGUAGUUUGGCAGGAUAUAAUUCUCCCUGCAAAUGUAGAGUUGGCCUUCAGUGAUUUGUUUGUGAUGGUAUAGAGAUGACAAACCUGACCUGAAUAUUUGUGCUUUAUGAGUACAAAUGCUUUCAUUCUAUUUGAUUAAAUCCACCAGACAGGCUGAACAUGGAAUGCUUGCAAAUGUUUCUUCAACAAGCUUAUAUAUAUUUCAUGUCUACUUUUGUCAGACUUAUAAAGGUAGGAAUGUAUAAUUGAGACUUUAUAUAAAUAACAAAAUACAUUAAUGUAUAUACUAAAUGUCUAUAAUAAUAAUAAUAAUAAUAAUAACAAUAAUAAUAAUAAUAAUAAUAAUAAUAAUAAAUUAUGUUUGUAGAACUGAUCACAUGAAUUAGAAUUAGAAAAAUUGAGACAAUGUAAAUAAAAUAAAUGUAUAAUAUGCAUGUUAAUAAUAAUAAUGAUGAUGAUACUAGUAUUACUACUACUACUACUACUACUA